AGGAAGAGAGCUGAAAUAGCAUCUGUAUUUUUCUCUGUGGUUUUCACAUGUAAUAUCAAGAAGCUACCCAGCAGCUGCACUGCAGAGCCUCUCUGUGAUCUCUCAGAAUGGACACCUACGCUGAUGAUCAAUCUUACGAUUACUACAGUUACAGCGAGAACGUUACUGAUGACGGAUUAUUUUCUUUUAAUAUCACAAUGGAUUGUCCCAGGUCCCAUCUCCAUGGCUCCAACAUCUUCCUGCCCAUACUGUAUUACAUCAUCUUCUUCACAGGCUUUUUUGGCAACCUCUUUGUAAUCUCAGUCGUGGGCAUAAAUGGUAGGAGAGGUGGGCGUCUGGUGGACACAUUUGUCGUCAACCUGGCCCUGGCCGACCUCGUUUUUGUCCUCACACUGCCUCUGUGGGCCAUCUCUGCCAGCCAGAACGGCUACUGGGACUUUGGGCGAACUGGGGACCUGCUGUGCAAGCUGAGCAGCUACAUCAUUGCUGUGAACCGCUUCUCCAACAUCUUCUUCCUCACCUGCAUGAGUGUUGAUCGUUACCUGGCUGUGGUGAAACUGAUGGAUUCCAGGUACCUCAGGAGCAGUCGGUGCAUUCGUGCCACCUGUGCUGCAGUGUGGUUGAGCUCCCUGGUGCUCGGCAUCCCAUCCCUGUUGUACAGAAGAGUGGAGCUGUUUGGUGAUGGACUGUCCUGCGUGGAAGAUAACAACUCAUCUUUUUUUCUUGGCCUGAGCAUGACCAUGGCAUUACUCACCUUUGUUUUACCUGUGUUGAUCAUCGUGCUCUGCUAUGGCACCAUUAUCCUGCAUCUCAACAAGCACUGCGUGGCUGCUGCAAAUCCUCGAGCUGAAGCCCGUCGCAGACACUCCCUAAAGAUGGUCCUCUCGAUCAUAGUGGCCUUUGUGGUGUCCUGGCUUCCCUUCAACAUUUUCAAAGUCAUCGUAAUUGGCUCGCAGCUCUUGAAUGUUGAUCUGAGCUGUGAAGCUCAGUCGUGGCAAAGAAACGGGCUCAUCAUCUCAUGCUGCCUGGCCUUCCUCAACAGCUGCGUGAAUCCAGCCAUUUAUUUUUUCCUGGACCACCACUUCAGACGACGGGCAGAGAUCCUGUACAAGACCUGCAUGGGAAAGCCAAAGCCACUGCAGAGCCACAACUCUUCAGCUUCAUUCACCAAUGUUGGCACUUCAGAGAGCUUUGGAGCAACUGGUGGGAGAACUCAGGUUCAGAUGUUUGAUUAGGAGAAGAAGACACAAGGUAGUAAAAUUAUUGUCUGUUCCUCUUUAGGCUCUAUCGGACAACUUGUCAUUCUCAUUUUCAUAAUGAGUGUCUUUUGCAAAUUUUUCUGCAGAGAUGUUUAGAUAUGACAUAAAACCAGAUACAUGGCAAGAAAACAUGGCAAGCGCUGUGGCCUGAUUUUGUUCUGUUCCAGCUGGUACAAUGAUGGGGGGGGGGGUUUGUCAUAUAUUCCCUUUUUCUAAUAUUCUGCAAGUAUUAAACCUGCUGUUUGUACCUAUCAUUGUACGCCAUAUAGUACAGCGGUGAUGUAUGAGUAUUCACUCAUACCUUUUGUUUGUAUAAAAAUCCUCCACAUUUUGCUCCAUUACAGUACAAUUGCAUUAAUUUACAGGUUUAAGCAUAAUUUUAAAAUGUGUGCAGUAACUGAUACGUUGCGUUUGUUUAUGAAUUGUUUGAUAUUUCAAAGGCAACGGUGUAUGAAUAAUUUUACAAAAUGUCAUGAAAUAUAUGUAUGGCUGCAUUUCAAAAAUAAAAUUUUGUA